UGUUGAUGGACUCAGUAGAUUUUAAUACACAUGAAAAGUUUAAAAAUUUCCCUCCACUCUAUACGGAACAAAUCAACAACUUGACACUCUCCAAGCAGCUUGAAAUAUGGCACAAGAUAAUAAACGACGAAGUUACGGCCAAUUACAGCCUUCAUAAACUGGGAACUGCAAGUGUUAACUUUCCUCCUUUUAAAAACGAAGAGAUUUUGAGGAACGUCGACGUCUCAUUUCUGGCUUUGAUUCUGGGAUAUCUUGUUGAAAAGCAGUACGCCUUUUACUUACACCCUAUUCAGUUCUUUUGCAAGAAGAACAAUGUUUCUAUUUGGGGAGCCCUUUUUUUAAAGAAGAGUCACAAAGGAAGCACUCUAUAUCAAAUUCACCAAGACUACACAAAGGCACUUAAUUCCAAGGAUAACAAAGUUGAAGGUGACGAAAUCGAGUCUCUGAAGAAAAAACGCAACCUUUUGCUCAAGUCUAAGUUUAAUUUCGGAGUGUUUCCAUAUCCUCUCACAGAAAUGGCAAACUCAGUUCUUGAAUGCAUUAAAUCGCAAUGUACAACCAGAGACAUCGAGACUGUUUAUCACAUCUUCUACAGUAAGAGAGAGUGUAACAAAGACUUUAACAAGUUUCCAGAGGAAAACCUCGCCUUCAUCCUCUCCUAUUUAUGUGUAAAUAAUAAACUAACACUUUCAUUCAAUGACUCAGUCCCUCUCGAUUCACUAAAUAAUAAAAAUGUCGGACUUCAGCUCUUGUAAUAUAACUUCUACACUUUUAUUUUUAGAUAAACUUCCACUUUUAAUGUUAAACUGUUCAAUAUAAUACAAUAAGUA